ACGUGACCACCGCGACCCGACCCAACGGCCACCGAGGUCGCUCUUCUCACAGCCGCCGCGCACGCUAUAUUAUGGCCGGAGCAGCGCGCGCGCCUACGAGCACUGCACGGUUCCCCUUCCUCCCUCUCACAGGACUCAACCACCAAGCCACCGCCCGCGAUACUCGCCGUCGUCGGGCCUCUGCUCUCCGUCUCCCCGCCGCGGCCUCCCACGGGAGCCUGUGAUCUGUAGUGCACUCACUGUGCCAUGUCGUCGUCAUCGUCGUCCUCGGCGGCGGCGGGCUCCGCGCUGGGCGGCUCCCACGCCGGCCUCGCCCUCGCCGCCACCGCCAUGGCGCUCUCCGGCACCCUCGUCCUCUUCUCGCUCUGCCGCGCCAAGCAGACGGACCACCACCUCGUCUCCUCCGACGCUUCCGCCGUCACGUCGCCGUCUCCCGCCAGGCUCCGGCCCUGCCUCUCCUCCUCCGAGAAGCGGAAGCGGGAGAAGGCGCGGCGCGGGAGCAUGAAGCGGGUGCGCUUCGCCGCCGACGUCGUCGAACACGGCCCAGCCCGCCCGGCGCCGGAGGAGGAGGAGGCGGCGGCGGCGCCCGAGCCGUCCUGCAGGGGCGCCGCGAUGCCGGCGAACCGGGAGGCGCUGUACCGCGGCAUGCUCCGCGGCCGCUCCAUGCUAAGGACCGCCUGCUCCUACUGAGCUACCGGCGUCAAUUAACCCCGCCGUUUAGUCCGUCCGAAGCUGCCACUGCCUUUCGCGUGUCUUGUUCAUUAGCGUCGGUCGCUGAUUGGGAGAUUUUUGUAAUUAGUGAGCAUCCCGUACGCUAGGCGCGAGCGAUCUGUGUGGUGCGUGUCGUUAAAUGUUCUACCCGUUGUCGUACGAGUGCGUACUGUUUCUACCUGGGUAAGUAGCCAAAUUGGUCCAAGAACAAGGGGUCCUUGCAUUGUUCUACCUGAUCUAAUGAUUAGUGAAAGUUGCCUUU